GAGCAUCAGGUCGGCUCGGCCAUCGUGUAAGGAGAGGAGAAAGUAACAAGUAUGAGGAUCCCGACGUUCACUCCUCUUGAGGUGAAUGUGUUUGUCAAUGCAAGGCAAGUUGGACCUCGCCUAAGCUCACCCCCUCAUAUUGCGCUUCUUUUCUUCGUUGCCCCAUCGCCCCCUCGACAAUCCAUUCGUCUUCCACAGGAGUUCAACCAAGACAAGACAAAUACAGCACCAGGCCUUUCUCCUCCUCGCGAUCUGAAAGCUUCAUCUCCCUCCGGUAUAAGUAACAGCCGUGGACUCCUAUUCUGCCUCUUCCGAGAUUUGCUAAACGUCAAAGCAGAUCGUGCUCAUCUCGCCUUCAACUCGACUUCCCUCUCCAGAUUCACUUUCUCGUCACUUCGCCCCGGGUCGAUCACUAUUUGUGAUCUCAAUCUCCCAAAUCGUACAUCUUUUCAACGACUGCCACCCCAGGAAGAACCUCCCGGCAGUUGUACCAUCGACUCAUCGCACAAUGUCACACGCCGAAGAGCUUCCCGAACUCAUGACGCAGCUGGAGAUUGGAGAUGAUAGCAAUCCCAGGCAGACCGCAACAUCUUCAUCGGUUCCCUGGCCCUGGUCGAAUAUUCCAC